AUGUAGGGUCUUAUAUUUCCUAUUUCCUUAUAGAUCUAAUUUUAGUUCUAGUAUUAUUAAAUCAAUUGUUUUUUUCUUUCUUUUUUUAUCUGAUGCACUGACACUGUACAGAUUGAUCUAGCAAUGUUUGGAGGUGAAAUCUUAUGCCAGGUAAAGAUUUGUCAUUAUCUCUUUUGUUCCAUCCUUGUGCUAAGCCAGAUGCAUUUCUAUGCUCUAUCAAUGAUGUCAAAGUCAGAAAUACCUUUGACCAAAGGGCACGUAACAUGAUUACUAGUGCAGAGGGAUCUUUGAGGCAUAAGAUAUCUGGACAAGGGCUUGCUUUUAUAGUCGGAGGCGGUUCUGUUGUGCAGAAAAAUCUUGAAGUGGGAGAGGUACUUGUUGUAGAUGUGGCAAGCAUAGUUGCAUUAUCAGGAACUGUCAAUUUUCAAGCCAAAUACAAUGGACAGAUGAGAAGGGCGGUAUUUGACUUGUCUGCUUCUUUUGGUUUCUGCCUUUUUUACUAUUCUUAAUAU